AAAUAUUUUUCAAAAAAUUCAAGGUUGAAGUGUCAGAAAAACAAAAAAUAUCUUACUUAACUUUAUCAAACAAUGAACCCGUAGAUUAGGAUUAAAAUUUAAUAUUUGGUUCAAAUUAAAUUUAAAAUUGAUUCAUAAAAUUAAAUUUAAAUUUAGUGUUCAAUCAAAUGCUACUAAGAUGCCUAUAAUUCCUCCAAAUAAAACGAAGAAGGGAACAGGGUUUUAGAAAACUCCCAGACUCCCACCCUGCCAAUUACCGAGUACCGAUCGGCGAUUCCUCUGUCAGGUCGGAGUUCUUCUUCGAGUCGACGACUGUUACUUAGCCGGUCGCCGAAAGCUGCCGACAGUCAAUCACUGAAUCCCUCUCUUGGAGACGCCGAAUUCCUCUCUAGGCUUUCUCUCCGAUUCUUGCGCCCUCUCCUCACCCCGCGGCAGGCAGCUCAGCCUUUUCUGAAAGCAAUUUUUACGUAGAUUUUUUUAAACACCUAUUUAGCCAAACGUCAGUUGCAGCAUCUAGCCACAAAAGCAGUCACCAACCGAAAAAGCAGUGCCAAACAGGUCCUCUCCCUUCCAGUGUUUGGGGCUUCUAUAUUUUUUAUCAAGUCAUUUGGAGAUGCAGCUGACCCUUGAAUUCGGUGGUGGACUUGAGCUUCUCUGUGAUUCAAAAAAGAUGCAUAAAGUUGAUGUUCAUCCAGAAGCAGGAGAAAAGUUUACCAUGAAAGAUUUGCUAUCGUGGGUUCGCGUCAAUUUGAUCAAGGAGAGGCCUGAGAUGUUCAUGAAAGGGGAUUCUGUGAGACCUGGGGUUUUAGUCCUCGUGAAUGAUUGUGACUGGGAGCUGCUUGGCCAGCUUGAUGCAGCCCUGGAAGCCAAGGACGUGGUAGUCUUCAUUUCAACUUUGCAUGGUGGAUAGUGUCAGAAUAACCGCGACAUCUUUAGAUGACGGUAUAUUUGUCUGGGAACUUUUUAUAGUAUCUCAUGUGAAGUGAAAUAUUACCUCAUGAAUCUUGACGAUACCAUUAUUCUAAAGCAUCUUCUCCUUGUGGAGUGUGGCAUGCACCCCCCGAGCAAAUAAAUUACUGCACGCACUAUCAGAGAAGAAAUUCAAAACAAGAGUUGUGCA